AUGCCCCUCGCCCUGCUCUUUCCACUGGGGUCGAUCCGCCGAGUGUCUAGCAAGGCAUCACGCUCCCGAUCGACGCGCUCGACGUCCUAUGUGGCUCUCUUAGCAGUGCCAUCUGGGAGAGAGCAGUGGGCAGAGUCCAUCCAUAUGCCGGAGGAAGGAGUGGUCGACAGAGUUGUAUUUCGGCCAAGGAUCUGCGCAGGCCUAGGCAGCACCGCCGCUCUGCAUGACUUCAUGCGGGUGCUCAUGUUCAAGCAGUACGAGCCGUCCUACAGCUGCGCGCUCGGCGAACUCGAACAAGCGGGCGCACACCUUCGCCGUGCGCGUUUGCGGGUGCCGCCUCCCGCGCUGGAGCCCCUCGCGUUCGCGCUGCUCGACUGGGCGGCACCCCCGAGGACACCGCACUCCGCCUCCGUCAGCGUGCUCCGCCUCGUCGCAGGCGUGCCCUCCCUAAUCUCGCAUGGAUGUGUCUUGACACAGUCACGGCCCAGUCGACACUGCAGGACACGUAAGGAGCCCCCGCUACUCCAAGCAAGAAUUCUUCGCCCCUCCGUGCAUUCCACGACCUCCGACACGUCCAAUCCCCACAACGAACUCGAUUGGGGAGCUGCGCCCAGCGAAGCUCCGUCUAGCCACACGACGGACGCAGUUCAGGCGCUCCGUUGCACGUCGCGUUCGGCUUGGAUCACCAACGCAUGUCGGGCCAAUGUGCACGCCCACGCGGAGGAACCGAGCCCGGUCGCUGCCACCCACGCCGCGCUCUCCCCUGAGCCAUUCGCUACGCUACCAACGCGAGGUGUUCAGAUGAGUCAGUGUUUGGUGUUCGGGUUAGUGACUGGAUGGCGAGCGAUGAUCUGUAGGAAGUAG